ACAGUGCACCAAUUAGGAGCGAAGUGCAAACAGUGCCCGAAUUAGGAAGCAAACACUAUCCGAAGGAUUUCCCUUUUGAGACGAAGAAACCGCUGGCUGCCAGAUUCCCGUAAAAUCUUCAAAAUAGCAUUCUCUCAGAUUGCUCACUAAUCAGUUUGCAAUACAGGUGAUUCAAUUUUCCUCUUUUGCUUGUGUUUUGAUUUUCCGGGGCUUGAUCUGUUUGCGCCCAGAUUUGGAGUUGGCUUCGGAGUUUGUAUUAAAUUUGCUGAUGAAACCUGCUGAGCUUUGCCUUGAUGCCUGAGUUUUUCAUUCGAUGGGAAUUUAGUGCAUUAGACUGCUGAAAUCCAGAGUGCCUUGUGUUUGUAGCUUAGAUUGUGCAUUAUUGAAGCGAGUUUCGAUUUUUUGAAUGUGGGGUUCAAUUGGUGAUUCAGUUUCGUAUUUAGUCACUUCACAUUGAGAUCGCGAUUUUGAGAGAAUGUUGGUGUAUUAAAUCUCAGCUAUGGUCCUUUAUGUUUUAGAGGACGAGGUGAAGAGUGUAGGGUUAAAUCUUUUUUGUAACUCUUCCUCCAUUGAGUACCAUUGGAUAGCAUGUGAUCAAAUUUAAAAAUGGUAAUUUGAAGUGCUGUUUCAAGUUUAAGCAUUGACUUGGUGGUACUUUGUUUGAGAUACUGUUUGUUAGUGGAUAGUUUGGACUCCGGAAUAUUUUAGGAUCGUGAAGACUUGUGGGCUUUAGUGAAUGAAGGGGUAUUUUAAGGAAGAACAAAAUGAAGGGUGAUAUAUUGUGGUCGGAUGUACAAUGACUGGGGGAUCAUUGGGUGUUCGUACUGGGAGCUAUGGAUCAUUGCCACAGGCACAAAAUGGGGUGUUGCAUGCUCAACAUGGAUUUGUUUUGCGGAAGCCUCCAAAGAUGUCACUCUCUGGUUCCCGGGAGAAGGAGAGGUUUCUUCCCUACAUUUGCAGACUUGUACUUCGAAGACAAGUGGGGAUGGUAAUUUUGAUUACAUUUGCACUUUUGGUUUUUACGACAGGAUUCUUGACAGUUAAUAAAGAGGAUGUAUCGAGAAGAAGCUCACAUUUAGACUUCGAAGAAAGGUUUUGGAGUAAAACAUAUUAUGUAUCUUCACUGUUGACCAGAAAGGCUGUGACCUGUGCUGAAAAUAAGAGCCAGAUGCCUUCUUCCAAUGCAUCUGUCGCACUGCUUUCUAUUGGCUCUACUGCUGUUAUGACUCAUCCAUGCAGAAAUUUUGCAUUUCCUCCUCCUCCACCUGGUGAGAGGAAGCGGAUUGGACCACGCCCAUGCCCUGUAUGCUAUCUCCCAGUGGACCAGGCUAUAGCUAGAAUGCCUAGAGCUCCUUCACCAUCAUCUGUGCUUCAACAUCUAACUUAUUUUCAUGAAAUAAAUCCUACAAAGAGUGAGCCUCAUGGAGGUUCAGACUUUGGUGGGUAUCCUUCUUUGAUGCAGAGGAACGAUUCUUUUGACAUAAAAGAAUCAAUGACGGUACACUGUGGAUUUGUCAAAGGAUGUAAACCUGGAGAUCGAACUGGGUUUGACAUUGAUGCUUCUGAUCUAAGGGAGAUGGAGGAGUUCCAUGAAGUUAUUGUUGCAUCGGCCAUAUUUGGAAACUAUGAUGUGAUUCAACAACCAAGGAAUGUCAGUCACAUUGCAAGAAAAACCAUUCCCUUCUACAUGUUUGUUGAUGAAGAGACAGAAGCAUCUUUGAGGAAUUCUAGUCAUUUAGACCGCAACAAUAGGAUUGGACUGUGGAGGAUAAUUCUAGUUCGCAAUGUGCCUUACACUGAUGCAAGACGCAAUGGGAAGGUACCAAAACUUUUACUUCAUAGGCUCUUUCCAAAUGUCCGCUACUCGAUUUGGAUUGAUGGAAAGCUUCAGCUUGUGGUGGAUCCAUACCAAAUUCUUGAGAGGUUUUUGUGGAGAGAGAAUGCUACUUUUGCUAUUUCAAGGCAUUAUAGACGGUUUGAUGUAUUUGAAGAAGCUGAAGCUAAUAAAGCUGCAGGAAAGUACAAUAAUGAAUCCAUUGAUUACCAGAUCAAUUUUUAUAAACGGGAGGGUUUAACGCGAUAUUCUGAGGCUAAGCUUCCUAUAACAAGUGAUGUUCCUGAAGGAUGUGUAAUCAUUAGGGAGCAUAUUCCUAUUACAAAUCUCUUUACCUGUUUAUGGUUCAAUGAGGUUGAUAGAUUUACCUCCCGGGACCAGUUGAGCUUUUCCAUUGUAAGGGAUAGAGUGAUGGCAAAAACAAACUGGACAGUCAAUAUGUUUUUGGAUUGUGAAAGGCGAAAUUUUGUGCUACAGGCAUAUCAUAGAGAUCUACUGGAGCAAAGGGCUCAAGAGGCAACCGUAAGAAUUCAUUCUCAUCCUCCACCAGCUUUGGUUCGUGAUAGGUCAGCAGUGGCUGUGAAAUCUUCAGCUAGGAAAAGCCCCAGGCGCGGAAGAGGUGAUAGGAAGUCUGGUUCUAGGCGGCAUCGGAAAAUUGGAGCUGGAAAGAGGAACAACACAAUGAACACAUCAAUUUGAUUCUUUUUUCUUUUGUGCAAAGUCAAAUCUUUGCUCUGUUUGUUUUUUUGUCUAUAUUGAGCAGCAAGGGAAGAACAAUUUUGAUAGAGUAUUCUUACACGGAAAAGACAUUAGUUCUAAUUUUUGUUUGAUGAUGUGAAAUGUGAAUAUCAAUUUGUUUACACUGUAGAUACCAAUUAAUUGAAAUAAUAGGUUCAUUGAUUUUCCUCUUGCAAA